AAGGCUGCAUGAAAAAAAAAACCCGUUCUUGUUCACCUGGAUGCCGACCAUGAACGAAUUUUUGAUGUGCGCUUCUUUAUUUUUUCUUUGUUCGUGAUUCCUCUUCAUCAUCAUACAAGUGGUACAAAUAGUAGCGGCCAGGCGAUAUCUAUAGCAACCCAAUACACUGCCGCCCUGAACAAACCAACCACACGGCUCUCGUGUUGACACGCACAUGCACGCGCAUCAGACACCGUAAAAGGACGAUUGGGACGAUACCUUGUUAACAUUGUGCGCAAUCGGUUGCGGAUUCCACGCUAGAGUCAUGGUGAGCAUUACCUGAUGCUGAUAACCAAACGGAAUUAUUGUCCGCUGUGAAGGAAUUCCAAACUAUUGCGUGAUUUGUGACUGGGAUAUAUAAUUCUACCAAACAAAAUAUGGAGAACGCGAUGAACCAGCAGCCGCCUGUGCCCGGCCAAGUUGUGACGGUUGUUGUUCAGGAGAGGAAACCCAACGCCUGUCGAGCUGCAAUUCCGUCUCUACACAUCGUGGCGGCCGUUAUCUGCCUCAUCCUUAAUAUCUUCCUGCCUGGAAUUGGUACCAUAGCGGCCGGUUUCUCGGUGUUUUGCUGUGGCAAUCCUGGCCAGUCACAGAGCGGAAAGUUCGGCACCUUCUGUCUGAACUUCUGGGUCGGGAUACUGCAGCUGCUGACGUGCUGGAUCUUCCUGGUUGGCUGGAUCUGGAGCAUCAUGUGGGGAGCCGCCUUCCUUGGUCUGUCAGCCGACUACCACACGCCUAGAGAAACCACUACCGUUCUGACCACCACGCCGGCCGCGCCGGUAGCCGGCCAGGCCGUCGUCUUCACCCAGCCCGGAGCCUACCCACCAGGCACGGUCUCCGUCUCCUACCCAGCGAGCCAGACAACUACUGAGCAAUCCCAGCCUCCCCACUACAUCCGAGACGCGGAGAAAUACCCACUUGAGGAGAAGGAGCUGAUCCACUCCAUUGAUGCGUCCUACAGUGUCAAAUCGGGACCUCCGCCCGUCCAGUAAACUACCGUAUUGUUUUUGUUUCUCCUCCUAAGUAGCCCUAUCGUUUGAAAGAAAUGUAUUCUGAAUGCGUGUUGCAAAUUCAAUAUGCCCGCACGGUUGCUCAUGAAGUCUGCACGAUCUAAUCCUAAACUUUCCCUGUGUCUGACAGCUGAAUGUAUUAUUUAUCUCUCGAAUACCUUUGCAUUAUAAAGGGUGAUUAAAAAAA